AUGCAACCGGACAGUGUCCAGUUGGCGAAGAAGCGCAAGCUGGAUGUGGAAGCAGGGUCGUUCACCGAUACAUUGGCGGAGCUGGACGCUACCGCCAAUGAAUUGGCGCUCGAUCCUUCCGCAAAUUGGGGUCGUCCGCCGAUGAAGCGCUUGGACGGCAAUACGGACGAUGUGGUAUUCCAGCAGAUUGAUGUGGAAGAAUUGCAGCAGCCCAUGGCAACUCCCGAGAUCCGCAUGUAUGGCGUGACACAAGAAGGCUACUCUGUGCUUGUGCACGUUCACGGCUUUUUGCCGUACUUUUACGUGUAUGCGCCGCGCGGCUUCACCCCCGGGGCAUGUAUCGACUUUAAAAACUACCUGAAUACCACUUUUGGCGGCGAGGCGGUUACCGACGUGUCGCUGGAGAGCAAAAAAAAUCUUUUGCAAUAUACCGGGCCGGAGAAUGUCGCGUUUAUCAAGGUGACCAUCUCGGAUUUGCGCACGCUUCCGCGUGUUCGAGGCGCAUUUGAGCGUGGCGAGCUUUCCUUCCGCGACUUGUUUGUCGUGGGCGAGCCAAGCGUUUCGUUUGAUAAUGUGGCGUACUCCCUGCGCUUCAUGAUUGACCACGCAAUUGUGGGUAUGAACUGGGUCCGGAUUUCUGCUGGACAAUACACCAUUCGUGGUGCCAAUGCAUGCGUGUCGCGCUGCCAGAUCGAGAUUGACUGCAGGCCCGACGGUGUCGUUUCGCACGCACCUGUUGGCGAAUGGCUGAAAAUGGCCCCGUUACGCAUACUGAGCUUUGAUAUUGAGUGCGCUGGGCGCAAAGGCAUCUUUCCCGACCCAAACAUUGAUCCCGUGAUUCAGAUUGCCAAUAUGGUUACGCGCCAAGGCGAGCUGACGCCGUUUGUGAAAAAUAUCUUUACACUCGGCGCCACAUCGCACAUUGUGGGCUGUCACGUUAUGUCUUUUGAUGACGAACUGGAAAUGCUCGAGGCAUGGACCGACUUUGUCCAGCGUGCGGACCCAGACUUGAUUAUCGGCUACAACACGUCCAACUUUGACUUUCCGUACCUCAUGGACCGGUCCAAGGCACUAAAGGCGACCAAGUUUCCCUACUUGGGCCGCGAGCGAAAUGUGCGCACCGAGAUCAAGGAAACGCGCUUUUCUUCCAAGGCAUACGGCACUCGCGAUUCCAAGCACACGGAGUUGCAGGGAAGACUGCAGCUGGACAUGCUGCAAGUCAUGCAGCGCGACUACAAACUCCGCAGCUACUCGCUCAACUCGGUUUCCUUCGAGUUUUUGAAAGAGCAGAAAGAGGACGUGCACCACUCGCUUAUUACCGAGCUGCAGAAUGCCGGGCCGGAGGCGCGUCGUCGUCUUGCCGUGUACUGCUUAAAAGACGCGUAUUUACCGCAGCGUCUUAUGGACAAGCUCAUGUGUUUUAUCAACUACACAGAGAUGGCGCGCGUUACAGGCGUGCCGUUCAACUAUUUGCUCAGUCGUGGCCAGCAGAUUAAGGUCGUAUCACAGCUUUUCCGCAAGGCGCGUGACGAUGGCUACUUAAUACCAUCGUACAAAGGCGAUAAUGGCGACGAACAGUACGAAGGCGCCACUGUUCUGGAGCCCAAACAAGGGUACUAUGACAAGCCCAUUACCACGCUUGAUUUUGCCUCGCUGUACCCCUCUAUUAUGAUGGCACACAACCUCUGUUACACUACACUGCUUGACAAGCAAUCCAUCGAGCGCCUGCAUUUGGUCGAGGGAAAGGACUAUGUCAUUACACCCAACAACAAUUAUUUCGUCACAAAAGCUCGGCGCAAGGGUCUCCUGCCCGAGGUAUUGGAAAACUUGCUUGCAGCGCGCAAGGCGGCGCGUGCCGACUUGAAAAAAGAAACGGACCCACUUCGCCGUGCGGUACUGGACGGCCGACAAUUGGCGCUUAAAGUGAGUGCAAACUCCGUGUAUGGCUUUACCGGAGCCACGGUCGGACGGCUUCCCUGCCUGGAAAUCUCGAUGAGCGUCACCGCAUUUGGCCGACAAAUGAUUGAAGAGACAAAACGGCGUGUGGAAGGGCAUUACACUGUGGCUAAUGGGUACGAUCACAAUGCAGUGGUCAUUUACGGCGAUACGGACUCGGUCAUGGUCAAGUUUGGCGUAUCCGACUUGCGAACAGCGAUGGAGCUCGGAGCCGAGGCAGCAACGCUCGUAUCCCAAGCGUUUGUGGAUCCCAUCCGGCUUGAAUUUGAAAAGGUCUACUUUCCCUACCUUUUGAUCAACAAGAAGCGAUACGCAGGCCUUUACUGGACCAACCCCGACAAGUUUGACAAGAUGGAUACCAAGGGUAUCGAAACGGUGCGUCGCGACAAUUGCCGUCUUGUCCGUACGAUGAUCGAGACCUGCUUGAAAAAGAUGCUCAUCGACCGCGACGUGCGCGGCGCAGAAGCGUAUGUGAAGGAAGUCAUUUCCGAUCUGUUGCAGAACAAAGUCGACAUGUCCCAACUGGUCAUUUCCAAGGCACUCGCCAAGACGGACUACGCUGCAAAGCAGGCACACGUUGAACUGGCAGAACGCAUGCGAAAGCGCGAUGCAGGCUCCGCGCCGGCGCUUGGUGAUCGUGUUGCGUACGUGAUCGUAAAAGGAAGUAAGGGCAGUGCGGCGUACGAAAAGUCUGAGGACCCGCUGUAUGCGCUAGAGCACAAUAUUCCCAUCGACACGCGCUAUUACCUCGACAACCAGCUUUCUAAACCUCUUCUGCGCAUUUUCGAGCCGAUUUUGGGUCCGCGCGCUAGCUCAUUGCUCAACGGCGAACACACGCGUGUGCUGCAAAUUGCUACGUCAAAUGUAGGUGCACUGAUGAAGUUUGCGGUGAGAACGGUGCAAUGCCUCGGCUGCCGUACGCCGCUCAAGGACCAGAACACAGCGGUGUGCAAGAACUGUAAGCCUCGUGAGACGGAACUGUAUUUGGAAAAGCUCAUGCGUGCGUCGUCGAUGGAAGUCGAGUUUAGUCGGCUCUGGACAUGCUGUCAGCGCUGCCAGGGGUCGCUGUCACAGGACGUCUUGUGUUCGAACCAGGACUGCCCAAUCUUUUUCAAGCGUAAGCGCGCACAGAAAGACGCCGAGGACGCGAGCAGGGUAAUCCAGCGGUUCGAUGCAUCAUGGUAA